CUCGAGGUGUAUGUGUCGUGGGUUUGUUUGGAGUGUUCAUGAAACCCCUAGUAGUCUCCGAGGAGACCGCCUUGAAAGAAAUUUACUGGCGUCUGGGAUGCUGGUAAAAGGAGGAGGGAGACGCUGACUGAUAGGAUCGGGAAAUGGUUGUUUGAACAGCUUAGUCUACAUGGCUGGCGCAUACCUUUCCUAACAGGAUCUCUCUUUGAGGAAAAGGGUCGUUUGCACCUUAAACGGACUUCGGCGCGUCAAGAAAGUGGAGAGGCACUUCAAAAUUUACGAUGGCGAGAACCCUGUUUUCUGUCAUGGGAGUGAUUCUCCUGUGUACCCUUACUCAUCAGAAACAGCCACCAAUGAUACAAAAACAAACACUGGUUGCACAAGGUGAAGACUGUACAAAGAUCAAAGUCUCCAUACCCAAUGCCAAAAGUGGUGUUUACGUCGUACAGCCCAAAGGAGUUCAGAAACCUUUCAAGGUGUACUGUGAGAUGUUGGCGGAUGGAGGAUGGACCGUGUUUCAGAGACGCACAGGGGGCAAAGUGUCCUUCAGAAGAAAAUGGACAGAGUACAAACAGGGAUUUGGAUACCUCAAAAAGGAUUUCUGGUUAGGUCUGGCCAAGGUGUGGGCUCUGACCAAAGGCAAGCAGCUGACUUCUGUCCUCAGGGUGGACGUGUGGGACUUUGAAGGGGGCUCUGCUUUCGCGGAGUACCAGAACUUUAGGAUCGGGGGUGAACGGGCAGCUUACAAACUCAGCGUUGGAACUUACAAUGGCACCGCAGGCGACGCCAUACGUGGAGCCUACAAGGCGAGGCCUUCAAUUGACCAGAACGGCUUUGGCUUCAGCACCCACGACCGGGACAACGACGGCUGUGACCCCUGCAUCUUCGGGGACAUCGCCGAGAAUCAGUGCACCUUCUCGGAGGGAGGAGGUGGCUGGUGGUACAGCCGCUGCGGAUCGGCCAGCCUGCACGGCGACUGGCACCCAGCCGGGGACAACAUCGGUUGGGCCUCGGGCCUGCACUGGGACACUUGGAAGGGCCCGGCACCAUAUUCCCUUCAAGCCACUCGAAUGAUGAUCAAGUCUAUGUAAGACCAACACAGGACCCGUAAUGCCUCCCUACGAGCCCCCAGAAAUAUGAUCAAGUCCACGUGAGACAACCAGUGACGGGCAGCAUGGAUUCAUUAGUUACGUAUAUACACAAUCCAAUGCCCCAUACUGUACUCCAAAUAGCCUGGUUGUACCUGUCCCAGUUCCACCAGGUGAGCGUUGCCUGGUUGAAUUGGACGGUAACACCAGGACGUUUGGAAUACAGCAUGUGGCCCUGGAUUGUAAACUAAUAAAUCCACGUUGCCCAUCACUGGAGACCACCACCACAGCCAGACAGUCAUUUGACCUCCAAGUGAUGGGGAAACAAUCACAAACAAAUGACCAGGCGGGUAUUCCAAGAACACGGUUAAAUGAUAAACCUGGCAAAGUUCGCUUAGGUUACACAAAGUGGCCAACCUGCUAAUAGAUAGCCCACAGGUGUAUCGCAUUGUCACCAAUUGAUUGCAGCAAUACGCUUGGGAAAAUUGGCAACAAUCUGACUUGAGUCAUUAGCUCUAAUACAAAGGAGGGGUCUUCACAGUAUUUGAUGUUCAUACCUGUGUUAAUCUGGU